ACAAUUACUACCACUUUGCUUCUCCUUCGUUCUUGCCGUUCCUUCCUUAACCCAGAGGCUAGUACCAUUAAAAAGGUGUCCCUGGGUUAUCACCUCCUCACUACUCCAGCUGACACUCUCUGCUUCCUCCACUCAUUGACUGAUCGCAUCCCCGAACUCUAAUUAUCCCAUUUUCAGUCAUCAUCCAAUCUUCCCCGCGCAUUAUCGGAAAGCCCAGUAACAUGUCGUCCGGCGGCGCUCUUCCUCAGACUCUAGGUUCAAUCACCGCCACGAAGAUCAAGGAACUAUCAAAGCAGCGAGCCCUAUUUGAGAAGCGGAGAGUCGAAAUUGUCAGAGCGGCCGAGGAUGCCCCGAGUCUGCGCUCCAAGGCCCAGAUCCUCCUGGAAGGCGUAACCAAGCUCAAAGGGUUCCCCAAUGAUGCACUCGAUCAGGAGGACCUAGAUACCGACAGUUCGUCGGAUGAGAAUACCGCGGUUGCCGAUCGUACCGAGCGCGCGACUCACGCCAAUACUCGUCGUUUUCUUCUGCAGAGCAAGUAUGAUCCGUCGGUUUCAGAUCGCAGUUUGAAGGACUGGAUUACCCAGCUCGAGGAGGAGCUUCGAUUCCUAGAGCUAAGGCACAGACAUGCCGACUUCUAUAGCAACCUGGUCACGGAAUGGCUGGGUGACUUUGAAGGGGGAGUUGCUUCUCCCACAUCGGACGAAGAUGGUCAGGAAGGCAUCAGCUUCGAAAAGGUUGGUCGCGCAGAAAUGCAAGAGCAGCGGGCCACAUGGGAAUCCCUGGUCUUCACCGAGGAAGAUGUCGAUGCAAGCGCCAUCCGAGCCUACCUUGACAAUCUGUUCAAAGCGACAGCCCCCUCCCAGCAAGCGUUGAAAGAACUGCGAGAAGAAAUCAAGACCUUUGGGACUGCUUUUGCAUCGAAAAAGACUUGGUUCGAAGUGAGCGAUCUGGACUGGGUGUCGGACUCGUUGCUCAAGUCGGACUUGCUCACAAAAGAGAAGACGGCCGUAUUGAAGGAGUUCAUGCGCAAUCCCGCCGUCGCCCAGGAGGUGGCAGACGUUCUUAAUAUGCGUCUGGCGUCUCUGGACCACUGGAACUGGCCUACUGGGGGCAUCCCAGUGGAGAUGCGUCGUCAGCUGAAUGGUAAAUAUCGGGUAUUCAUGGACGAGGAUCUGCUGGACAGUCUCAUGUUCGAGUAUCUGGGGGUAAAAUGGUCCGUGACCCUUCAGUCUGCUUUCAAAUCAUUUCUCCACACGCCAGCAUGGAAGUUCUUGCGUGAACAAAUAUCCCGGCCUGAAAUGUCUCGUCGCUCUCGUUUUACUGGAGAACGCACCCAGCGCCAUGGAAUAUCAAGCGUCAAUGACCACCGAAAGGAUACGUACAUACGAGACUACUUCAUGACCCUCCUGCCUUCCUCCGUGGAUGAGGGCAUGCGCUCCUAUGAUGACGACGGUCAGAAGCCCGAUACCACCGAGAAAAACCCGUUGGCCACGAAGCACUCGCUCCUACAUCUCUUGAUCACCGAAUCUUUGAUCUACACUUCGUUGCAUGGCCAGUUCACCGCCAUCCGAUCGGACUUCAAGUGGUUCGGGCCUUCUCUCGCGCAUACCACAAUCCUGACGGUGUUGGAAUACUUUGGGGUUCCGCAAACCUGGCUAAGCUUUUUCCAUACUUUCCUGAAAACCCCCAUUACAUUUGUGCAAGACGGGUCGGGGGCGCCCAAACAGGUUCGAAAACGGGGCGUCCCCAUGAGUCAUGCCCUCUCAAGUUGCUUUGGGGAGGCCGUUCUAUUCUGCAUGGAUUUCGCGGUCAACCAAAACACCGAUGGGGCCUAUCUCUAUCGGCUGCACGACGACUUUUGGUUUUGGGGGCAUGAAGAAAUCUGCGUCAAAGCCUGGGCGACAAUGACGGAGUUUACGAAAACCAUGGGCCUCGAAUUCAACGAGGAAAAGACGGGAACGGUGCGAUUGGCGGGCAAAGAUGGGAAAUGCUGCCAGAGUGAACUGUCGGACCCCGAUCCCCUGCCCAAAGGCGAUAUUCGCUGGGGAUUUCUGAAGCUUGAUCCUUUGGAGGGUCGGUUCGUCAUCGACCAAGAGCAGGUCGACAGCCAUAUUUCAGAGCUGCGGCGCCAGCUCGCAUCCUGCAAGAGCGUCUUUUCGUGGACGCAGGCAUGGAACAGUUACUUCGGGCGGUUUUUUGCCAAUAACUUUGCCAAGCCAGCCAUGUGUUUCGGACGAAGCCAUAUCGACAUGGCCAUCUCGACGCUCAGCCGCAUUGAACGCACAUUAUUCCCCGACAGCUCUAGCGGCGUGACCGAUCACCUGCGCCACGUAAUUGCGGAUCGAUUUGGGGUCAACGACCUCCCGGAAGGAUUUUUCUACUUCCCGGUAGAAUUUGGCGGGCUGGAGCUUCUGAACCCGUAUAUCCCUUUUCUCGCCAUGCGAGAGGGUAUCAAAGCGACGCCGCAGGGUCGACUGCAGAAGGCCUUUUUGCAAUACGAGGUGCAAUACCACGCUGCUAAGCAGCGAUUCGAGGCAGGCGGCUCUGCCGAGCCUACUGGUACAAUCAGUACUGGCGUCGAUGACGACUCGGCUGACCUGUCUCUGGAAGAAUAUACCAGGUACUCGGAGACCUACAGUCGUCCCCUUUUGGCUGCGUACCAGGAUCUGAUCCGUGUUCCUGAGGAGAUCAGCGUCAAUCUGACUCCGGAACUGCACCGACACCAAAUGUCCCUGGAUGAGACCGUCGCCAAAGAUGCCCAGAAUCGCCGAGUGAUCUCGGACCAGUGGUAUAACAUGUCGGCGUAUUGGCAGUGGACGGCGGAGCUGUACCAGAAGGAAAUGGUGAGGACCUACGGCAAUUUGGCGGCUGUGAGUCGGGAGUCUAUGCCUCUGGGGGUCAUCAAGACGCUGAAAGAAGGCCGGUUCAGAUGGCAGAGUUGAUUGAAAGGUAAUGUUCUGCCUGUGUAUUUUAAAUAUGAAUAUCCUUUCGGUACUGGGCGGC